AGCUUUUAAUUUCUGGUUCAUGACUUUCCAGUCCUUUCGAUCGAUGACUUAUUACCGGUUGCACUGAGAUUCUGUCGAUCUUAAAACAUUAAUUCAAUAAUUGCUCUGUGAUGGGGAAGCUUAAUUGAGAAAAGGGUUAUAUAUCAUUUAUAUAGAGAUAUCUUUCUUCAAACCUACGACUUCUAGUAAGAUUGAGACUGUGUAUAAUAUUACUCUUUUUAAUAUUGAAAUAACGGAAUAGAGCAACCUCGAUAACUGGCUGAGGUUUUUUCUUCCCGUCGUUUUAUAAUAAGACUCAAAGGCGUGGGAGAGAUGAUAUAUUAUUGUAUCAGAUGUAUCAUAUUUUUAAUAAAAUGAAACUUUGAGAUAACUCGACUUAAACGGUUAAAAGUGACCAGAACAUCAAAUACAUAACCUAUUUCUCUAGAUUAUAUAGUUAAUGUUAGGCUCCCUAACUUUUAGCACUACACAAAAUCAACAUAAUUUGUCAUAUAUUAUGUAGAUAUAUAUGUUGUUUUUAGCAACUUCAAAAGAAGGGGGGUAAAAUGCAAUCUACAUUAUUUCAGUCAAAGUAAUUAUUUGGAUAAAGAGAUGAUCAAGUUUAACAUUCUUUGAAAGGAAUCUACUUUCAAUGAUUUGUUAUUAGCAGGCUUCCACUUUUCUCUAUUAAUAGGUAGCAUAGAUGGGUAAACAGUAAACACCGUAUAUUUCUAUAUAUUUUUAUUCGGAUUAUACAGUUAGACAUUUGUUAUUUUUUAUUUAUUUUUGGUAAAAUAGAUAACAUAAAUAUUUGUUAUUUGUUAGUAUCCUUCACCGUUCCUCCAUGAAUAUAUAAUUAUAUAUACAUAUAUAAAUUUCUAUCUACUUAUAGUAUUCACAAAUGCAUAUAUUUUGCUUACUCUCUUCAUAAGUGUGUACACUCAUUAAAGACGAUACGAAAAUAGAGGUUAUUGUCGAUUUCAUUGUCGCCCUUUGAUAUUAUAACCCACUUGAUAAAAGAGGUGUAUGGACAAUAUGGCUGCUUAAAAUUCAAACUUUCUUUUAAUGAUUUUCUUAUUUUAAAGUAUUUUAUAUAAAGUUGUAACUUAUAUGAAAUGUCAACAAUUUCAAAUGUUUUAAGAGGUAAGAACGAUAACAUAAAGGUAAACUAGACUAGCAGUGUAUUUGAGGAAGAGAACGGGAAUGGCAAAUUCAUCCCUACCAUGAGUUGGACGUAAACCGAUGUGGACCCUGCGAUUUCAUAAUCCAACAAUAGUAUUUACACUCUCGUUAAUGUCAUGUCAUUUUCACAAAUAUAUGAAUUAUAUAUUUGUAUAACUACACUAAUAAAUAAAUAUCUAUAUCACGUUUUUGUUUAAUUGGCUAUAUAUUUAUAUACUUUUCUUUGGAAGUUACAUUUAUCUCGUAUGUAAAAUUUAAAACGCAGUAAGUAUUUUUUGUAAAAAGGUAAGGAUUAUAUAUAUAUAUGAGUUAAUAAAAAUAUCUAAAAUUAAGUUAUUUUUUCAAAAUCGAUACCUAGAUAGAUAAAAUUUGAUUUUCAUUUAUCUAGAUAGUCCAUAAGUUUUUGGCGCAAGGAAAACUUUGGUAAAAUAAUGUAACAUGUGAAUAACGAAAUGAAAAUGAUUAAAUAUGUAAGUUGUAACAAUAAAAAAGAAAGAGAUGACAAAAAAAAUAGGGUCAAUUAGCCAAAUAGCCAAAAUUUGAAGUGAAAUUAAGAGAAUGGCAUUGAUUUUGACGUAAUUGGGUAACUAACAUUUAAGGCCCAUUUGAUCCGGUAAUACCCUUGGUUGGUGCAAGUAACCGGUGAAAGAUAGAAAGUUAGAUGACGUAAACAAAUUGAGGUAUGACUAAUAUUUAAAUCACAUCUGAGUGAAUAUAAGGAACCACGUCACAUAUUUAUGACCACAUACAUAUGUUUCAGUGUUCUAUUUCACAUCACCGAAAUAAAACAGAUUUCUAACCUCACUCACAUACUCUAAUACUAAACAUUAUCCCAAAUCUAACCCAUAUAUACUAAACAUUAUCCAAAUCCCACCCCAACCCCUUAAUACUAAAUCCUAAACCUUAAUCAAUAAACCCUAAACUCAAAUACAUAACUCUAAACCCAAAUAUAAAUUUUAAACCCAAAUAGAAUGAAACAAAAUAAAUAAUAUGAUAUAUAUUGGUAAAAUUAUGAAAUGUCUAUAAUUUCGUAGAAGAAGUUGAUGUUGAUCCCAACUAUACCUUCUCAUCUUCUAAAUACUAAACCUUAAACUAUAUUCACUAAUUCCUAAACUCAAAUAUAAACCAUAAACCCAAAUAGAAUGUAACAAAAUAAAUAGCAUGGUAUAUAUUGGUGAAAUUAUGAAAUAUCUAUGAUUUCAUGGAAAAGGUUAAUGUGACCCAACUGUACCCAACUAUACCUUAAACUUUAAUCCCUAAACCCUAAAUAUAAACCCUACACGGAAAUAUAAACCCUAAUCCAAUGUCAACCCCAAUCUUUCAUAAACUAAACCCGAAUGGAACAAAAUGAUGAAAUAUCUAUGAUUUCAUGGAAGAAGUUAAUGCUGAUCCCCCAACCAUAUCCCCUCACCUUCUAAAUACUAAACCCUAAAUUAUAUUUACUAAACUCUAAACUAAAAUAUAAACCCUAAACCCAAAUAUCAAAGUCUAAAAAAUUACAUAUAUUAUGUAAAAUUAAAUUAUAUUAUGUAAUAUUAAACUACACAAUCUAGAUCAUAGCACGAUAUUUACUUGUUCAAAAACUAAAAUUUUUAACAAAAUAAAACACUCUUUAGUAAUCAUCAAAUGGAAUGGAACAUGAUAAAAUAGAAGAGUAGCAGAAUAUAUCGCAUUUCAUAACAGGAAUAGAACAAACAUAACACAUAUUGUUUUACAUUUCUAUUCCAUAUGCGAAUAGAAUAGAACAAACAUAACACAUAUUGUUUUACAUUUCUAUUCCAUAUGCGAAUAGAAUAGAACAAAAUAAACAGACACUGUUUAUCUUCUCCGAUCAACUUCAUCCACGGCGAAAAAAUGUAAUUGUAUCUCGCAACAUCAGUGGAGAUAAUACAUAUGACCGUAUCAGAGAGACAGAUUUUGUUGUUGAUACAGUAAAUAGAAGAGACGAACAUACGGUGGUGACGGAAGAUGAUGCGGUUUGCGUAGAUGGAGGUGAUCGCCACUACACAGGUCUUUUCGGCAAGGAUCAACACAAAUUGGAAUGUGAAUGCGAAUCAGUAAGGGAUUGUAAUCAGAGAAAACACGGUGGAGAGAAUCUGGAGUGAAACUAUUCAAAGGGGUGUGAAUCUGGAAGAGACACGACAUAUUUUUGCAAAAUAGUAAUUUUUAAUUUUAUUUUUUUCUAGCAGGUUUCUCCGGUUUCAAGCAGGGCGUCAUCUCACCUAAUUUCCCAAAAAAAUAAGAGUGAAAAAAAUAAGGAGAGGCAAUGAUGAGGAAGGGAGAAGGUGGGAUAAGCAGAGGCACGUGGGUUUGACAAGAAUCUUGUCAGGUUUUCUUGAGGAAGGUACUGUUCUUCAGGGCUUGGAGGGGUAGAAGAAGAAAACCCAUUUGAAGUUUGGCCAUUAUGCAGAGGAGUUUCUGAAGAUUCAAGAACAUAAAUAACAGCUAUGAAGUUUAUGAAACUUGGAUCUCGACCUGACACUUUCUACACUUCAGAAGAUUUAAGAUGUGUUUCUUCUGAAGUUUCUAGUGAUUAUACAAUUGAAGUUUCCGGAAGUAGAUAUCAUCUUCACAAGUUUCCACUGCUUUCAAAGUGUUUGAGGCUUCAAAGAAUGUGCUCUGAGUCACCAGAAUCAAACCAACUUCCAGACUUCCCAGGAGGAGUUGAAGCCUUUGAGCUAUGUGCCAAAUACUGCUACGGAAUGACAAUAACCAUAAGCGCUUACAACAUAGUAGCAGCGAGAUGUGCGGCAGAGUAUCUUCAGAUGUCAGAGGAAGUUGAGAAAGGUAACUUGGUGUACAAGCUUGAAGUCUUCUUGAACACCUGCAUCCUUAACGGAUGGAGAGACUCCAUAGUCACACUUCACACCACUAAGGCUUUUCCUCUCUGGUCUGAAGACCUUGCCAUCACUAGUAGGUGCAUUGAGGCCAUAGCCUCAAAGGUCUUGUCUCAUCCAUCCAAAGUGUCUCUCUCACACAGUCAUUCUAGGCGUGUUAGGGACGAUGACACGUCCUCUAACAGAGCUGCUGCUGCGAGCAGAGGAUGGUGGGCUGAAGACAUCGCAGAGUUGGGGAUAGAUCUUUACUGGAGGACAAUGAUUGCUAUCAAAUCCGGAGGCAAAGUACCCUCUAGUCUCAUAGGUGAUGCCCUUCGAGUUUACGCCUCUAAGUGGCUUCCUUCUCUGCAAAGAAACCGGAAACAAGUCGGCAAGAAAGAGGAUUCUGACUCGGAUUCGGAGAGUGACGUCUCAUCCAAGCAUAGGUUGUUGUUGGAGUCCAUUAUAAGCUUGCUUCCUGCUGAGAAAGCCGCGGUUUCUUGCAGCUUCUUGCUUAAGCUCUUGAAAGCAGCUAACAUCUUAAACGCCUCAUCUUCUUCCAAAAUGGAAUUAGCGAGAAGGGUGGCUCUUCAGCUAGAAGAAGCAACGGUUAGUGAUUUGUUGAUACCUCCAACGUCAUACAAGUCUGAAAUGCUAUACGAUGUGGACAUUGUGGCGACUAUCUUGGAACAGUUUAUGAUCUUAGGGCAGACUAGUCCACCGACAAGUCCUUUGAGAGGUAAAAAGGGUAUGAUGGAUAGAAGACAAAGAUCUCGUUCGGCUGAGAAUAUUGAUCUUGAGUUCCAAGAAAGUAGGAGGUCUUCCUCUGCCUCUCAUAGCUCAAAGCUUAAAGUGGCUAAGCUUGUGGAUGGAUACCUCCAACAGAUUGCUAGAAAUGUGAGUCUACCGCUCUCGAAGUUUGUUAGUUUAGCUGAGAGUGUCCCUGAGUUUUCAAGGCUUGAUCAUGAUGACCUCUACAGAGCCAUUGACAUAUAUCUCAAGGCUCACAAGAAUCUGAAUAAAUCAGAAAGAAAAAGAAUAUGUAGAGUCUUGGACUGCAAGAAACUGUCGAUGGAAGCGUGUAUGCAUGCUGCGCAGAACGAGAUGCUUCCACUGAGAGUUGUGGUGCAAGUCCUCUUCUAUGAGCAGGCGCGAGCCGCUGCAGCUACCAACAACGGUGAAGUUAAAAUGACUGAGCUUCCAAGCAACAUCAAAGCACUCCUUGCUGCACACAACAUUGACCCUUCUAAUCCAAGUGCAGCCGCUUUCAGCACGACCACAAGCAUGGCAGGGCCGGAAGAUCAGUGGAGCGUGUCUGGUCUCAAAUCUCCAAAGUCAAAGCUCUCGGGGACACUGAGAAGCAAGCUAGCUGAAGAUGAGGAGAUAGACGAGAGGUUUAUGAACCAAGGAGGAGGAAGAACUCCAUCUCGGUUUAAGGCUUUCUGUGCAAUCCCUGGCCGACCUAAGAAGAUGUUCAGUAAGUUUUUGUCCAUCAACAGAAACUCCAACGACAAAAACUGAAUAAACUGUUCUUUUUAGAUCUCUAGAGUAAAAGAAAGGAAAUGUGUAAACCUCUCUCUCUAUCUCUUUGUGUAACUUCACCAAUGUUCAAUUACAUUAAUCUCCAAAAUAAUAAUGUUUAAGAAUUCA